AUGGGCGAAGGAGGAGCCAUUGGCAGAAGAAAACGAACGAAAAUAAGAAAACUUGCAGAGGACAGUCCAGGGCCAAGCUCAAUCAAACUGGAACAGCCGAUACCGAAAUGCCUCGCUUCUCAGGAUAUCAUGCUUAAUGUGCAGAGAUUUCUGGACCCGCAAGAUUUGUUAACGCUCAGAAAGACCUGCAAAACCUGGUAUGAUCAUUCCAAAAACCGCGCUGCAUGGAUACGCGCUGCCGAACGCGUUUGUCUGCGCAAUGGCAUCCAGAAAGCGUGGCUUCCUGUCCGAGAGAUGAGUCUCUCAGACCUGGAACAUCUCACACUGUCACCGUCGCGCUUUCUGCGAUUACUGGACAACCAUAAUUACGACACAGUUCGACCAUUGCUCACGCGCUCACUGGUUCCUCAGCCCAGAGCAGGAGACGACGACACGUUCGAGAUCAACCGCGCUUUUCUCGUACCCGGUGGUCGCUUCCUGAUCACCGUUACGUGUCAGGAUGCAGACGAGCAUCUUUACGACGCUGGUUGCUUGCUUUGGGACCUCGGAUUUGGGGAAAGGUAUCCUAUGAAGCUAUUCCCCAUUGCCCACCUCGACUUUCCGGAUAGACUUAUCAUUACUGAUAUCACCCUUUCUGCCAACGGAGAAGCUGUCAUCAUGCCUUGCUUCAGAGAGCACGAGGAUUCGUACUCGACCUAUAUAUACUCGGUUUCCCCAGGAUUGGAACAGCCCACAUUUGAGCUUCGCGCGGAAUUCAACCAUAUUCCAUUGACCGCAGAACCUCUGGGUAUCUCAGAAGACCGCUUCCUGCUGUGGGACCGCGCAACAGGCACCGUCGUCGUCUGGGAUUUCGAGAACAACAUGACCUCUUGCUGGGGUACCAAGGCGGAAGACAACAUCUCAUAUGGAACCACGUUUGGAAAAACUGCACUUCUGAUGGCCAACAAGCAGCCGACCACACAAGUUUACAUCUACGACAUACCACCGUUCGAACCCCGCGUGGAUGACUUUUCCAGGCUUGUCGUGUCAGACAUCACGCCGCCAAAGUUGAACUUUGUGCGAGUCUGCCAGCCGUCCGACUUUUCGUAUUUCCGUUCGCCACACUGGAUGCAACAUCUCCUUCCCUCCCCGUUCCUAGCCAUGUUAGACUGGUAUGAAAGCCGCGACCGCGAGGAUGGUACACCAGCCAUCGACGCCCAUGCUGCACAACGAAACGGCUGGGGAAUGGAGCUUCACGCCUUCCUUCAAGCGAACAGUGCGAUGCCCACCGUAUUCCCCUCCCUCAUGGGUAUAGCGGGAAAUUACGUCGGUCCCAACUGGAGUCCAAGCUCCCCUGAUCCUCCUCUCAAGGACAACUGCGGGUUUGCGGACGGCCACUUUGUUUUCUUUUCAAGUCAGGAGCUGCGAAACUCGCCGACACGCAUGCUGGCGGUGACCAGCUUUUCUAUUCCUGACCCGUCGUUGCCAACUCGCCCUCCUCAUCUUUCGUGCUCGACCAUUUUCAUCAACCCCCAUGACCGGGGUAACGCUCCAAAACCUGACCGUUACGACGUCUGUCCUUUUAGUGGACGGGUGGUGGCCGUUACUAAAGACUCUUAUAGCGGUACAAAGGAUGAGAUACGGGUGAUGGACCUUUUGGUUUCUCCGUCGCAGAUGUAG